AUGGUGGAUGAUAUUCACCAAGAAGAAACUCCAAAAUCGGAAUCUGCAAAUCCCCUGACACCGGUUAUAGUUGAAUAUUGUCCACAUUGUACAUUACCGUAUGAUUUUUGUGAUUUUGGAGAUGUAUGGGACACUGGAGCCUGUUUUAAAGAAUGUUCACGGCGUUAUCCGGAAAUUUUCCCUAUAGAUUCACUGGCUAUUGACCAAUUAUCUUCUCUUACAUUGUCUGUAAAACCUAAAAAGAAAUCCGCAAAAGAGAUACCGCAAGAGGUAACAAUUCAACGUAGUUCAAGAACCAAACGUAAAGUAAUUACGUCCAUCACUGGAUUGCAUCUAUUUGGUGUUAAACUAGAACCGCUUUGCAAGCAAUUUUCUAAACUAUUUGCCACGGGUGCUACGAUCGUUAAGGGAUUACCUGGACAACUGGAUAGGAUAGAUGUACAGGUGCGCUAUAUAGACAAACGUAAAUUAAAUUAUUAG